AGAUUGUAGGAAGGGUAGUCAAAAAACUUCGAAAGAUAAUCAAUGCUGGCAAAAAAUAGCAACCGGCGAAUUUUAAAGCGAUGUGAAGCAUUGGAAGUGGCAAACUGGCAAGAAUACGCGGUGGAACAUUACUGACAAGGCACGACCUGCAACCGAUCACUAGGGGUUGAUAGUUCAACAAUUUGGGGGACUCGAUCGCUUCGGAUAUAAAUAGCGAAUUUUAGCAUCAAAUCAGCAUCAGUUCAUUGAGAGCCUUCAGCAGGACACCAGCAAGCAGAGUGGUAAACAGACUCCUCAAUCAGUAAUAACAGAAAAUGGCAUUCAAAUUUCUGGCAGUCGUAGCAUUCCUGGCUGUUGCCAGUGCUCAGCACUACGACCCGCACCAUUACCAGCCACAGUACCACCAGUACCAUCACGAACCGGCCGUUGUCAAGACCAUCCAGCCUGCUCUUAUCAAGACCGUGCAGCCCACUCUGGUCAAGACCGUAAAGCAUAUCGAAUACCCAGAAGCCCCAGCUGAGUACCAGUUCCAAUACUCCGUGCAUGACGACCAUACCGGAGACAUCAAGAGCCAGCAGGAGGAACGUCAUGGUGAUGACGUCAAGGGACAGUACACCCUGAUCGAUGCUGAUGGUCACCGUCGUGUCGUUGACUAUACCGCCGAUGAACACAAUGGAUUCAACGCCGUCGUUCGCCGUGAGCCUCUUGAGGGACACAAGAUCGUCAAGACGAUCGCCCCAGUUGCCAAAGUGAUUGCCCCUCUGCCCGUCGCCAAGGUGUACAGCGCUCCAAUCACGAAAGUUGUCGCUCCUCAGGUUCACUACAGCCAUCAGCCCCACUACAACCAACACUACUAAGUGGCCAUUAGAUCGAUAAGACAACGCCUGAACGGAGUAACCUAAAUCGAACCAACUGUCUAUUUUCACCUUUCAUGUCAUGCUGCUUCAUCUUCCAUUCAUGCUAGUUCAAUUGUAAUACGAAUACAAUGUAAAUAAAAACAAAUCCAACGUA